ACACGCAGCCUCGUCUCCUCCGUUCGCAGCGGCAGCAGCAAGAGAAGAGGCGGCCGGCCCUCCCAGCCCCCAAAGAGCGAGUGAAGAGAAGAAGCAGAGCCGAGCCGAAAUGAGGCGCCCCCUCCCCCUACUCCUCUCCUGACAAACCUCUCCCCCCUCCAAACCCCCCCUCCCCUCCCCUCCCCUUGGUUCGUCCGCCCGCCUCGGACUCCACGGCCGCCCCACCGGUGCAAGGGAGGAUGGAUUUGUCCAGGUUCGCGUCUCCGCGCCCGCCGGGCCUGCAGAUCGGCGCCGCCUCCCUCCGGGGGGCCUGCUCGCUGCGCCGACCCCGGCACAGAGGCGGGGUCCACGGCGGCCGGGGCGGGAACCUCAUGGUCGCCUCGGCCCUCCGCGGCUCAAGCAGCGGCCUCUUCUACGCCGCCCCGAACCACGGCCGUCUCCGGCUCAGACGGACCGGGUCGGCGCGCUGCCAGGGCAACGACUCGCUCGCCUACGUGGACGGCCCGCUGGAGGGCACCAAGGGCAGCAGCGACGGCGGCGACGACCCGGGCACCACAUCGGGGUCCGACGCUGAGGAGAGGGCCCGCAGCGCCGCCGUCGACGUGGACGACCUCCGCGACCUGCUGCAAAAGGCCAGGAAGGAGCUGGAGGUGGCCCGGCUCAACAGCACCAUGUUCGAGGGCAAGGCGCAGCGCAUCUCCGAGUCGGCCAUCGCGCUCAAGGACCGCGCCGACAGCGCGCAGACCGAGGUGUCCGCCGCUGUGGCCACCGUGCAGGAGAUCAUCAGCAAGGAGGACGACGCCAAGGAGGCCGUCCGCAAGGCCACCAUGGCGCUCUCCAUGGCCGAGGCCCGGCUGCAGCUCGCCGCGGAGGCGCUCGACGCCAAGAGGGGCUCCGUCGGGCAGCUGGAGGUCAGCCUCGACGACGUCGAGGAGGAGGCGCUCGCGUCCGCCCAGGAGGAGAUCAAGGGGUGCCAGGCCAGCUUGUCAAAAUGCGAGGAGGAGCUGGGCCGGAUCCAGGGGAAGAAGAUGGAGCUGCAGAAGGAGGUCGACAGGCUGACCGAGCUCGCCGAGAGGGCUCUCCUGGACGCCUCCAAGGCCGAGGAGGACGUUUCCAACAUAAUGGUGUUGGCUGAGCAGGCCGUGGCUCUUGAGAUGGAAGCGGCCAAGCGCGUGAACGACGCGGAGCUGGCGUUACAGAAGGCGGAGAAGGCGGUCGAGUCCGUUGUGGAGCUGGUGCCGGCUGCUGAUGGGCACAUGAGUGACGAAGAGGACGAUCUUUCUGAUGUUUAUGACUAUAGCGGUGACGGCAUGGCUGACAUUUCUGAAAGGGAUGAGGUGUCAAAUGUCGAGCGUUUGAUGCAGAUUAGCGACUUGGCUGCUGAAGGCAUCGAGCCGCUUGAACCGUCUAAUGAAAUGCCUGUUGAAGAACGCAGUGACAAGUUGCUUGUUGAGCCUCAGAAAGAAGCUGAACCUGACGUAGAUAAGUCAAAGCAAGGGAAGAAGCAGGAGUCUUCCAAAUCAUCGUUGAAGAGGUCGUCUCGUUUUUUCUCGGCGUCUUUCUUCUCCUCCAAAUCGGAUGGAGAAUUUACACCUACAUCUGUAUUCCGAGGGCUAAUGAAAUCAGCAAGAAAACAAGCACCAGCUCUUGUUGCCGGGAUACUGCUUCUUGGUGCAGGGGCAUUCUUCUUCAAUAGAGCUGAGAAGAAUAGUCAAUUGUUUCAGCAGCCAGGCAUAACCACCACAAGCAUUGAAGAAGUUACCUCCACUGCAAAGCCCAUAGUUCGCGAGAUACGGCAGUUACCACAAAGAAUAAAGAAGCUAAUCGAGCUCUUACCUCAUCAAGAGGUAAAUGAGGAAGAAGCUUCGCUUUUUGACGUACUAUAUUUGCUGCUGGCUAGUGUUGUUUUUGUACCAUUAUUCCAGAAAAUACCUGGAGGUAGUCCUGUUCUUGGAUAUCUUGCUGCUGGUGUCCUCAUUGGUCCCUAUGGUCUUUCUAUCAUCCGCAAUGUCCAUGGAACAAAGGCAAUUGCUGAAUUUGGAGUCGUGUUCUUGUUAUUCAACAUUGGCCUUGAGCUUUCUGUGGAAAGGUUAAGUUCGAUGAAGAAGUAUGUCUUUGGAUUAGGCUCUGCUCAGGUGUUGGUUACUACAGCAGUUGUUGGUCUGGCAGCUCACCGUUUUGCAGCACUACCAGGACCAGCGGCAAUUGUUGUUGGGAGUGGUUUGGCUCUAUCAUCCACAGCUGUCGUCUUGCAAGUACUACAAGAACGUGGGGAGAGCACAUCACGGCAUGGACGCGCCACAUUUUCUGUGCUACUUUUCCAGGAUCUGGCCGUGGUGGUUCUGUUGAUAUUGAUCCCACUCAUUUCACCUAAUUCUUCAAAAGGAGGGGUUGGUUUCCAAGCAAUAUUGGAAGCUAUGGGAAUGGCUGCGGUAAAGGCAAUAGCUGCUAUAACUGCCAUCAUUGCUGGAGGUCGUUUGUUCCUUCGGCCAAUUUACAGGCAAAUUGCUGAAAAUCGGAACGCCGAGAUAUUUUCAGCAAAUACUCUCCUUGUUAUAUUUGGGACAAGUCUUCUUACUGCUCGGGCUGGCUUAUCGAUGGCACUGGGAGCAUUUUUGGCUGGUUUGUUGUUAGCAGAAACAGAGUUCUCCUUGCAGGUUGAGUCGGAUAUUGCUCCUUACCGUGGCCUUCUGUUAGGUCUAUUCUUUAUGACGGUUGGAAUGUCUAUUGACCCAAAGCUGUUUCUGUCAAACUUCCCAGCAGUCUCUUUGAUAUUAGGUCUCUUAAUUAUUGGAAAGACACUGUUAGUAACAUUUAUUGGUAGAGUGUUUGGAGUUUCCACCAUAGCUGCUGUUCGGGUUGGUCUUUUGCUUGCACCUGGUGGGGAGUUUGCUUUUGUUGCCUUUGGAGAAGCCGUUAACCAGGGUCUUCUAUCGCCUCAAUUAUCGUCAUUAUUAUUUUUGGUGGUUGGCCUUUCAAUGGCUAUGACACCAUAUUUAGCUGCUGGAGGGCAGUUUCUAGCAUCAAAAUUUGAGCAGCAUGAUGUCAGGAGUUUAUUGCCAGUGGAAAGUGAGACGGAUGACUUGCAAGGCCAUAUUAUUAUUUUGGGAUUUGGACGUGUUGGGCAGAUCAUCGCCCAACUCCUGUCAGAACGGUUAAUUCCAUUUGUUGCGCUUGAUGUUCGAAGUGAUCGGGUGGCAGUUGGGCGCGCACUUGAUCUACCAGUAUAUUUCGGUGAUGCAGGAAGCAGAGAGGUACUGCACAAAGUUGGAGCUGAGAGGGCAUGUGCUGCUGCCAUUACUUUAGAUACUCCUGGUGCAAAUUAUAGAGCUGUAUGGGCUCUGAGCAAAUACUUUCCAAAUGUGAAGACAUUUGUCAGAGCACAUGAUGUUGAUCAUGGUGUUAAUUUGGAGAAAGCUGGUGCAUCAGCGGUUGUCCCUGAGACCUUAGAACCAAGUCUUCAAUUGGCUGCUGCUGUUCUUGCUCAAGCAAAACUUCCAAUGUCCGAGAUUGCAACAACCAUCAACGAAUUCAGGAAUCGUCAUUUGUCAGAGCUUACGGAGCUUUGUUCUACAAGCGGGAGCUCCCUGGGCUACGGCUUCUCUCGGGUCAUGUCGAAAACGAAGCCUGUGGUCUCCGACGACGAGAGCGACACCAUUGAUGGAGCCCUGGCGAUCUGAGCCCACUACGCAAACGUAAAAGGCUCCGCCUCCCUUGUCCUCCUCCCAGGGCUGUACAGUAGAUGUGUUCGCGUAUAGAAAGGUAGCAAAAAUAAUAGUCCGAGCGUACGGCUGUUACCGAUCUUGGCAACAUUUUAGCUCUUCCAUUUUUGGCAUGGUAGGACAUUUGUUUCUUUUCUCUUCCAGACCACUGUUUCUUCCUUUUUUUUUCUUUCGAGCCCUUUUACUCCCCGUCAAGUAGACGGUGGAAGAUUUGGUUAUCAGGGUUGCAUGCAGGACACUGGGAAUUUUGCAGAAAGUGUCCGCCAUUUUGCGUUUGCUGUUCUA